CAGUGGCUGAAUGACGAAAUGUGCAACUUCACGGUCGGCACGAUGGCGCGGCGGGACUUGGAGCGCAGCGGCGGGACGCAGCCGCGGACGCAUUUCUUCAACACGUUCUUCAUCAAGAAGCUGCGAGACGGCGGGAACGGGUACGAUUACAACGCCGUGCGGAGAUGGACGACGAAGAAGAAGCUCGGGUACGACGCGUUGGCGUGCGACAAGGUGAUCGUUCCGGUGCACCAGGCGAUUCACUGGGUCCUCGCCGUGAUCGACUUGAAGGCGAAGCGCGUGACGUUUAUGGAUUCGCUUCACGGCGGCGACCACGGACUCGGGAAGGAUCUGAUUCGCUGGGUGAAGGACGAGACGAAGAACAAGCGAGAGAUCGAUCUGGACACGAGCGACUGGGUCGUGGAGUGCCCGAAGGACGUCCCGAGGCAGCUUAACGGCCACGACUGCGGCGUUUUCAUGCUGAAAUUUGCAGACUACAUCGCGACCGGGUGUCCGUUGACGUUCGAUCAGCGGAACAUGGAGUACUUCCGGCGGCGA